AUGUCUGCUAUCAGGGAAAACGAAAGAAGAAAAAAACGAGAAAAAGAGUGCAGCAAAACCUAUGAGGACUACGAUUGGAAUACCCUCAUUGAUUCAGGAAAACUAAAUUCAUUAAAAGUGAUGGAACUUGACCAGUACCUUAAGAGACACGACCUGUCCACUAUCGGAAAAAAAAAGGAUAAAAUCAAACGAAUUAAAGAAGAUUUCUACAUAAAUAGGACCAACGACGCAGCCAUUGAUGCAGAAACUUCAGAUGAUGAUACUUUGUCAGGAGAUGGUGAAUCCGAUUCUGACGAUGAUGAAGUACUUCAGAUAAUUCCAGAAGGCGAUGAAGACGACAAUUCAACUGAGGGAAUGUCUGAGGAUUCUGAUGAAGAAAUUGCAAAUUUGCCAACGAUACGCAGCAGAAGAGCAGCUAGUUUUCCACAUGCAAGAUACGAAGACUAUUAUGUUUAUUAA